CCAUGGAGCAGCCUCGGCGCCUGCAGGCCGACUACAGCUUCCGCCAGGGGGCGCACAGCCUGCGCCUGAGCCUCGGCCGCUCGCUGCUGGAGCUGGAGGUGGAAGCGCAUCGGAGCGCCGAGCGCUGGAGGGGUCGCUUCGAUGCCGCCGCCAUCGAGGAGCUGAGCCACAAAACGGGCAACUUCAAGCAGUUUGGCAUCUUCUGCAGCAUGCUGGAGGCUGCCCUGCUGCAGAGCAGUGACUCUGUCAGCCUGGAGCUCCUCACCUACAGCGACCUGAAGACCCUCCACAGCCUCAAAACCGGGGUGUCCCCCCCCCGCCCCCCCCGUGCUGCCCCCUCCCCCCUGGGCACCAAACGUUACCUGAUCCUGGUCUACUCCGUGGAGUUCGACAGGAUCCACUACCCCCUGCCGCUGAGCUACGCGGGGCGGCCGGAGCCGGCCGAGCUGUGCCGCUCGCUGCGGGAGCUCCGGGAGCAGCUGCGGGAGCUGCGGGCACGGCGCGGGGACGAGCGGCGGGAGGCGGAGAUCCGGCGGCUCCGGGACGACCUGCAGCGAGCGCUGGAGGAGAAGGCGGCGGCGGAGGCUCGGUCCCAGCGGGAGAACCGGCGGCUGGCCGGCGAGCUGGCGGAGGCAAAGGCGGCGGAGCGCAGGCUGCAGCUGCGGGUGCGGAGCCUGACGGCCGAGCUGGCCUCCUACAGGAGGGGCCAGCGGACCCCCAGCGGCGGCAGCGCCCCCAGGCCCCCCCCGGAGCGCCGCUCAGCAGCCCCCCGGGACGGCCGGGGCCGGGCCCCCUCCCGGUCCCCAUCGCCGGCAGCCCACCCCCCACGCUUCGACCCCACGGCUUACGUCAGGGCCCAGCAGCGCCGCAGGAAAGAGGCAGAGCUCAGGAAGGGCAGGAAGCUGACCCCAACCCGGAGACCCCUGAGGACCUCCUCCUCCUCCUCCUUCAACGCCCCCAAGCAGGCCAGCAGCCAGAAGCUGCCCCCCAGCAAGCUCCAUGGGAAGGAGAACUGCUCUGAGCUGGCAGAGAUCGAUGCCAGGCUGAAGGCCCUGCAGGAGUACAUGGAGAGCCUGGACCCCCACUCCUGACCCCCUGCCCCCCACUUUGGGGACCCCCCUGGCCCCUCCUGGGGACAAUGGUGGC